AAGUAACAUUGAAAUGGACAUGUGUGGAUGAGAUGAUCUUCUGCUGUUAAAUUAUUCUCGUUUUGUGUCUUUCUUUCUUUUCAUUGAGAAAUUUACGGGUUAGUUUAGUAUUUGGUCAGUCAUGGUUUUCCCAGUAUCCUGGGCUACUGCUCUGCUGACAGGCAUCUUCUCAGCUCACAUCGCCCAGCGUCUGUUUCUCCCUUACUUCUGGAAGGACGUCUUCUACCUGAUUAAAGUCAUCAGAUACGGACUUCGCCUUGCGCGCUUCAAAAAGACCUCUAAAAUCACCACGGUUCUGGAUCGGUUCGUUCAACAGGCGCAGAAGAUCCCUGACCAGCCUUUUCUGAUCUUUGAGGGGGAAUCGUUCUCGUACCGGGAUCUGGAUGAGCGCAGUAACCGGGUAGCGCGGGCUCUGCAGCAGCACACAGCCCUGAAGAAAGGAGACACGGUGGCGCUGCUCAUGCACAACGAGCCCGACUUCAUCUGCGUCUGGUUCGGUCUGAACAAACUCGGAUGCGCCGUAGCUUUCCUCAACACCAACAUCAAACCCAGAUCUCUGCUGCACUGCUUCAACUCGUGCGGGGCAAAACUGCUGGUGGUCGGGGCAGACUUGUUGGAUACAUUGGAAGACAUCCUGCCUAAUCUGCAAGAGGACGGAAUCUCAGUAUGGGCUAUGAAGGAGGUCUCUCACCUCGGGGUGCACUGCCUGGUAGACAAGCUAGAGGAGGCCUCAUGUGAUCCACUGCCAGCUGAGCUUAGAUCUGCAACCUCACUUAAGUCUGCCACACUUUAUAUCUUCACUUCAGGGACCACAGGGUUACCAAAAGCAGCUGUGAUCACUCAUCUACAGUCUCUGAAGGCCUCAGCUGGGUUUUGGGCAUAUGGUGGUACAGCAAAAGAUGUGAUCUACACACCACUUCCUCUCUACCACAGUGCGGCCUCCCUCAUCGGCAUUGGCGGCACAAUAGAACUGGGUGCAACAUGUGUUUUAAAAAAGAAAUUCUCAGCCUCCCAGUUCUGGAAUGACUGCAGAAAGUAUGACAUUACAAUAUUUCAGUAUAUCGGGGAGCUUUGCCGCUAUCUCUGCAAUCAGCCUAAGGAGGAAAAUGAGAAGGAUCAUAAAGUGCGUAUGGGUGUUGGAAAUGGUCUUCGGGCGGACAUAUGGAGAGAGUUUCACCAUCGGUUUGGCGAGCUCCGCAUGUGUGAGCUGUACGGCUCCACAGAAGGAAACCUCUGCUUCAUGAACCAUAUCGGCAAGAUAGGAGCUGUUGGCCGCUCCAACUUCUUCUACAAGCUCUUGUUUAAGUAUGACUUGGUGAAAUAUGACAUGGUGAAAGACGAGCCUGUAAGAAACGAGCAUGGUUUCUGUGAGCGGGUUAAAAAAGGUGAGAUGGGGUUGUUAUUGUCCAAGAUUAGUUCCAAGACUCCCUUUUUUGGUUAUGCUGGGAGCAAACAGCUGACCGAGAAAAAGCUAAUGAGGAACGUGUUUAAGAAAGGCGAUGCCUAUUUUAACACAGGCGACUUGAUGGUUGAGGACAAGGAGAGUUUUAUCUCGUUUAAGGACCGAGUUGGGGACACCUUCAGAUGGAAGGGUGAAAAUGUGGCCACCACAGAGGUGACAGAGUUUCUGGGAUUGCUGGACUUUAUUCAGGAGGCCAAUGUGUAUGGAGUAGAGGUUCCAGGUCACGAGGGUCGAGCUGGCAUGGCAGCCAUGAUUGUGAGACCUAGCUUUAAGUUUGAUGGGAAGAAGCUGUUUGAGAAUGUCUUGUUUCACCUGCCGACCUACGCUCGCCCCCUUUUUAUUAGAAUACAGGAGUCAAUGGAGAUGACGGGCACAUUCAAGCAGCAGAAAUUUAAUCUGGUGAAGAGUGGAUUCAACCCUUCCACCAUAUCUGACCCUCUCUAUUUUUUAGACUAUACCGAGAAGAGUUAUAGUCUCCUCACAGACUCUGUGUAUGAAAGCAUAACAUCAGGACAGCUCAAGCUCUAGCUUUUAAAUUUGCACAAGGCUCUGUUACAUUAGCCAAAGAGGAGCCAUGUUGUUAUGAAGAAAGAGCCUGAUUGUGUCCAGCUCGUUUGUAGUGUUUUAUAUUUGAUGGAGUUUGAGAACAAUACAGAACAAGUUCAUGCUGAAUAAUGAAUUGCUUUCUCCAUUGUAAACAUUUCACAUGGACAGCAUUGGUUAAUAAUAAAUUAGACUGUUAAUGACUUUUGGCCUUUGCAGAGGAGACUGAUUACUAGGAUGCUAGCGCAGCCUGAAUCUCACCAGUGCCUAUUUGGUAUUGGAUUCUGGUGCCGUCCUUGCCAGUGCCUUUCUUUUUGGCACAAAAAAAAAGGCCAGGUGACACUCAACACUAACAAUGUUUGACAAUACCUCUACCUUUAUUAUUUUGUUGAUUCAAGCUCUCAUCUAUUCCUCUGCUAUCUCGGGAAGUAAUGGAGAUCAAAGCAUUGAACACACAUAGCUGCUACCAUAAUAAAACUUGAACCUGAAUUUAUUUUAGAUGUAAAGCAUUCCAAAAUAUUUAAAUAUAGACUGUAUAUACAUACCUCUGUACCUAUACGCCCAUUUGCCGUCGAACUAGGCAGCACAGAGGGAUAUGACUACUAACAUAGGUGAGCUGCUGAAUCUCAUUCCACAGCCACCUAGUUACAUCUAGCAGUAGGUAUCAUAAGUAAAUGGUGUUGUUAAUAAGCUGACAUAGUACUUAGUACACCUCUUUGUGAAAUGGAAGUGGGACAGCAUUUGCACUGUUUUUCAUAAUGAGAAUAAGAAAAUAUGUACUUAAACGAUAAAACAACAAGGAAAUGGGCGCAUUAAAUGCAAAUAAAUCAAGAUAUUGUGCUAAACCAAACAGCAGGACAUAUACAAUGUGAUGAAUUAAAUAAUAAAGGAAUUGCCUUUAGAAUAUGAAA